AUGGUGAGACCAAGUAAAGAAACAGUUCGUUUUUUCACCAUGCCGUCAGGUGCGCGAACUAAUGAACAAUAUCAGUAUAAACUAUCAACAGCUGAGCAAAUCGAAGAGUUACGAAAAAAACGCGAUCUCUUAGCUGGUAGUCAAGAAGCGUAUACCGAACAAGUCGAUUUACAGACAGAUAAAAACAAACGAAAGAUCGCACAAUUACAAAAGGAGAACAAAGAAAAACGACAAAAGCUAAAAGAAUUACUCGAGGGCGAUGAAAAAGUAUUAAAUGAAGCAUUCAGCGGUCGAAAAGAAGAACGUGCCGCAUUGAAAAAUAAAUCCGGACAAGCAGCAAUUGAAUUAACCAAUCAGCAACUAGGUGAUUUGAAGAAUCGUUACAACUCACAUCGACAUACCAAUGAGUCCAAGAGAAAACAGCUUGCCGAACUUCAGACACGUUAUCAACAAAUGGUCCAAGACGCCGAGGAAGCCGUUCUAACCGAUGCUGGUGAAUCCGAGACGGCAGCUCGUCUUCGUCAGCUCGAAAAUCGUCUGGAUAAAGCUGAAUUAAAAUGUACAGAAGCAGUGACCAUUCAACGAACAUACAAUCAGAUCAAAGCUCAUUUGAUUCAAGAAAGUUUAACAUAUGCUAAUCGUCUCGAUGCUAUCUCAAUGCAGAUUCGUCGUACACAGCAAGAACUGCAAGAAGCUCAACGUAACUCUCUCGAAGCUGAACUAGCACAGAAAAACGCCAAGAAUGAAUUGAAGAAAAGCGAAGAUAAAGUCUAUCGUGAGCGCAAAGAACGUGAACUUCGUUUGAAUGAGUUGAAAGCUGAAGCCGAAGAAAAGAAAUUACAUGCUGAACGUGUUGAUCGUCGUGCCUUACAACGUCCAAGUAGCCCGCAAGAAGAUUCCAAAGAUAAACUCUCCGAACAGGAUCAGUCAAAAGUUGACAUGUACGAAAACGCUUUCAUUCGCAUCAAAGAAGCGACGGGUGCCAGUACUAUGCAGGAAGUGGUGGACCGAUUCUCCACUCAAGAUAGUACAACAGAACAUUUAGAGAGAAUGAAACAGGAUGCCGAACAGAAUGUAGCGAAAUUGCGUGAUGAAAAAGCUCGUCUCAAUAAAGAAUUCGAAGAAAUGAAAUACAGUGGUGAAGCGAAAACGUCCAGUGGUCAACGUAUUCUCGAACAAGCUCAAGAAAAACUUGAUGAAAGCGAAAAACGUCGUGAUGAUAAUGCGAUCAAAAUGGAGAAGACAAUGAAGAAAAUGGUCGAAGUCAAAUCGGGUAUUGAACAUUUAGCAGAUAAAUUACAUCAUUUGAAAGGCACGAAGAGUCAGGUACCAACAACAGUCAUCUCGCCUCAAUCAAAUGAUUAUGUCUUGGAUUUACUUGGUACAACAGAAGAGAAACUGGUUAAGCUGAUCGAAGAGCUCGAAACGAAAGACUUAGAUGGCACAUUGAAAGAAAUGCGACAAUUAGAUCUUCAAUAUGCUGGCGACGGUAAACUACCUGCCUAUAACACACGUAUAAAUCCACCUUCAGCAGCCAAAGGAAACAUAUAUGGCGACGAUGACAAUGCUGGCGAAGACAAUCCGGAAUGUCAAUCACGUGAACGUAUUAAGAUGAUUGGUGAAGAUUUGAUUGGCCUGAAGACCAAGCGCAUGAAAAAACCAAAAGGAAAGAAAUAA